GUUCUGGGCAAGAGUGCGAUUCCUCUGAAGAAGACCCUGUGGUGCCCAGCCUAACACCUCUGGAGAGUCUGGCCUGGCAGGAAGCUACUGGAGAAUGUGCUUCACCAAAACAAAGGAGUAAAUCUAAAGAAGGCUUGGCAUCCUGAAAACAUAAGAUCUCACCAAGGAAUGCAACGCAGGAAAGUCCCUAGAUGGCUACAUUGUCAACGGUGUGGAGUGUGCGGCCUCGGCCUGCAGUCUGCUCGCAGCUUCCCCGCCCACCACGCCCUGCCUGCUGCGGCCCUGGGGGCUGAGAGCGCUGCUCUGCUGCCCGUGCGUAAAUUCACAGACAAACAUGAGUGGAUAACAACAGAACAUGGUAUUGGAACAGUGGCAAUCAGCAAUUUUGCACAGGAGGCUUUGGGAGAUGUUGUUUACUGUAGUCUGCCUGAAGUUGGGACAAAAUUGAACAAACAAGAGGAGUUUGGUGCUUUGGAAAGUGUGAAAGCUGCUAGUGAACUCUGUUCUCCUCUAUCUGGAGAAGUAACUGAAGUUAACGAAGCUCUUGCAGAAAAUCCGAAACUUGUCAACAAAUCUUGUUAUGAAGAUGGUUGGCUCAUCAAGAUAACAAUCAGUAAUCCUUCAGAACUGGAUGACUUAAUGAGUGAAGAAGCAUAUGAGAAAUACAUAAAAUCUAUUGAAGAGUGAAAAUGGAACCCCUAAUAAACUAGUAUGAAACAACUUAA